AUGGGAAACAGCCAAUCAGGUUACAAAUGCAAACCCUACAAAACAAUCUAAGAAAUUACCUAAGAAAUGAACUUUGCUCUUUCUUAAAGCUCAACAAUAGUUAAGCAAUUCUUGUAAGAAAGGGAAAAUUUUAGAAAACAGUUUAACGAAAACAUACUAGAGCCUCAUUUCGAAUGCACUCAGAAAGAUUUAGUUUUGAUAAAUAAUUAUUAUACAGAUAAUAACAAAUCUUUUUUAAUUAAAAAAAUGGGAAAGAUUAUUUUAAAAUAAUAUAUUGACCUAAUUGACAAAACAAUCUUAGAAUGCAUUCAGAUAUUAGACUUAGCUUAUAAAGUUAUCGAAAAGAUUUCUAUUUCUAAAACUUUGAUAAACAGUGACAUAUAAAUUAAAAUAGAAGUGUAAAAUUAAACUGAAAACUUAUCUUAAAAUAUUUCAAACCUUGAACUAUUUUUAUUUUAAUAUAUUGACUAUCAGCAAAUAACCAGAAAUCAAUAUAAAAAUAGAUAGUGUAUUUAAGAUAAUCACAAAGAAGUAUUAAUCAGUUAUCAAUCAUCAAUAAAUACUUUCCAAAGUUCAUGA